GGGCCUAAAUAUAUACUACGCCCAAUUGAUCUCAUCCCACCAGCCUUAACUUAACCCCACUUGCCUUCUCUACAAAUCCUUCAAAAUUCCUCAGAUAAACUUACUCAUAACAGAGGGGCCUCCUCUUUUUAGGCUUUUACAGUCUCUUUGAAUCCUCAAACUGAUUUCCAUUACGUGAAGAACCUCCGUUACACUUGAUUGCGGCGCGGGUUUUCGUAAGACCGCUUGCGGCUCUGCCCGAUAAACAACUUUUUUCCAUUUUAUUUUCUUGCCCUUUUCCACUCGAAACUAUCUUCUUUCAACCAUCUUCACAGAAAGGACUUCAGUAUAUUAAGGCUCAGUGAUGGAUGCUUGGCUCUCAUAGCACCAACAAUGCUUUCUUUAAGGGGUUUUUGGAGAAGGCAUAGGAGGAAGUUGUAUGUUACAGCUGGUGUUUUAGGAAGUGGAUAUCUUCUGUAUAAACUGUAUAAUGCUCACAGACAAAGGCUUGCUGACCUGGAUACCGAACUCGAGCAUGAACGAGAUAGAAACGAAGAGAUUAUCAAGGCCCAAAUGCAAGCCCAUUUUGAGAACAUACAAAGAAUUGCUGAUACAACUACGUUGCCUCAUGCAAUGCACUAUUUAAAUAGUCGGAUAGCUGAAGAGUUAGACCUUUCUCACCUUACAGACAGGUUAAUGCAAGCGAAGGGCCAAUCAACAUCUGCAGAGAAACUUGAAUUAUGGGAUAGACUGAAAAUUCUAAGUUUCACAAGAAUGGUGUUGUCGUUGUGGGCAAUGACGAUCCUUAGCUUAUAUAUUAGAGUUCAAGUCAAUAUAUUAGGGAGACAUUUAUAUAUUGAUACUGCCCGUGGUCUUGGAAGCUCUCUUUUAAUUGAGGAUGCUGAUCUCAUUCAUAGGGAUGACCAGCAGAAGUUUCUAGCAAGUUCUGAUUAUCUCUCCAGUAAUGGCAUGCCUGCUUUAAUUUCAAACAUCCAGGCAGCAGCAACAGAAGUUCUUAAUGGAAAGCAGCUAAGGGAUUCCUUCAAUGCCACAGUUCUUCAUGCAACUAUCAUGCAAAUACUUGACAAGUUCAUGAGCACAGGAGAUCCCCAUCACUGGGUGAACUACUUGAUGCCUGAGGAUGCCCGUGGACUUGAACUAGCCACUGCCUUUAGCAAUGAUAACACACUUCUUCCAGAUGUCACCAAAUUUGAACAACUUAUGGUGGAGACACGGGCAGUAAUAUCAAGUGCUGAAUUUGGGAGUGUUGCUGACAUAGCAUUGAGAGCAGUGGUGGAUACUGUGAUAGAGGACAUGGGUGCUCAACCCGGAGGAGUUCAACUUGCCAAAGUUUUGGCACGGGUUGCACGGAUGGGUCCUACAAUCCUUGAAGAACCAAGCAAAUUCAUCCAAAUCAUUCUAAAUGUACCAGAAGUUGAGCGCUUUUUCACUCUCAUCUAUUCAAGUAUGCAAAUCUCAUAGACUAGAUGCGGACCACAGUUUCUGUUUUCAGUAAAUUUUUGUUUGGUGUACAAGCAAGCCAGCAGUGGAAAACAUGAUCUAAUGGUAUUGGGUUCCAUUUCAAGUUCUCAAAAUUCAAAAGUUUGAAAGGAAUAAUAGAGAAAUGUUGCAGUGUAUUUUACUGUUUGUAGUACUACUUCCACAUUUCAAAUCUUUUGUUGUGCUGUAUUAUCUAUAUAUCAUAUCAUGUGAGGCUUCUACAUUCUAA